CAAAUUUCUGGGGGGAAUGAAUUAGAAUUUUCCGAAAUUGGAUUGUCGUGGUGGUAUAUAAAUUCUCCUCUUCCAUAAUAAAACCCUAAAAACAAUUACUAUUCGAUCUUCUUCUCCGUCAAUCGUAUUUUUUUCAGUUGCAGUUAUGGAAUCAUCAAGACGUGUCGAUAUUCUCACUGCGGCUACUAAAGGAGAACUUAACGGACUUAAGAAAUUACUUGCAAAAUGUGAUGAUGGAAGAGGAUUAGCAACCACUGUGAGGAAUGUAAAAGAUGAUAAUGGAGUAGGAGUUAUUCACUUUGCUGCUAUAGAAGGAAAGUUAAAUGUUCUCAAGUACUUGAUUGAGGAAUUGGGACUUGAUGUCAAUACCAAAGAUGAAAAACGUGAUUCUCCGUUGUUACAUGCAACACUGGAUGGGAAUAUAAACACUAUUGAAUAUCUACUUGGAAAGGGUGCUGAUCCUAAGUCAUCUAACUUCAAAGGUUAUACUCCUUUGCAUGCCGCUGCUGAAAAAGGAUAUACGGAGAUACUUACCAGAUUACUUUCAAAAGGUGUUAAUGCAAAUGCUUUAAGUGAAAUUGGCACACCCUAGUUAUCGCUGCUAAUUUCGGCCAAUUCGAGGGGUUACUGAUUUUGUUGGAUCACAAUGCAAAUCCUAAUUUGUCUCCUGGCUGUUCGUU